UUCUCAUGUCGACACUUCCUGUUGUGCCUCUCUUGCUUUUCAAACCAGGAAGAUGGAUCCGCUCUCGAACAAGUGGAUUAUUCCUCUGCUCGCUUGUUGUGUUUUCGUGGGUGUCGGCUGUAAUUCUGUGGACAAGAAGAUUUAUGUGCAUCUCAAUUACACCGUCUCGUGUGUGCGACUGCUCAAUGCAACACAUCAAAUCGGCUGCCAGUCCUCCUUGUCGGGUAACGUGGGCGUGCUUCAUGUGCUGGAGUCGGAGGAUAAGCUGGACUGGGUCCUGAGCUCAGGUCUCAAUCCCCCUUACAUCGUCAUCCUGGAGUCCUCGCUCUUUACCAGAUCCAUAAUGAUGAAGUUGAAGGGCGCCUCCAGGAGGGUGGCGGGCGUUGCUGUUGUGGCGCCAAACGCGAACCUGGCAGACGCCUUUUCUCCGCACACCACCUGUCCCAACGAGAACUCAGGUGUUUAUUCAGAGACCUACGGUCCAGCCCUGGCUAAUUGUAAUACGACUGUGUGGAACCCUCAGGGAAACGGGCUGUCCUAUGAGGAGUUUGAUUUCCCCAUAUUCUCUCUCAAAGACGACAACGACACUCAGGUCAUACGACAGUGUUACUUGGACCAUAACCUUCCUGUGAACGGCACUCCUCAGUACCCGCUGUGUGCCAUGGAGCUCUACUCCCACAUGUUCGCCGUCACCGACACGGCCACCUGCAUGAGAAGAAAUGAUAUCAACCUAAGCAUCAACCCAGAGAUGGUGUGUGACCCACUGGGGGACUUUAAUGUGUGGGGCUCCACCAGGCCAAUCAAUAACACGGCCAAGGGCCACAAGAUGUGGGAGAGUGUGGUCAUAGCAGCCGCCAGGUUGGACAGCAGGUCGUUUUUCUUCGACAUCGCUCCAGGAGCCGAGAGUGGAGUCUCUGGGUUCGUCACCCUGCUGGCGGCCGCUCACGCUCUGCGUGACGCCACCCAGGAGGCCCAGCCCAACCGCACCAUCCUCUACACCUUCUUCCAGGGGGAAACCUUUGACUACAUCGGCAGUUCGAGGAUGGUGUAUGAGAUGGAGAACGGUCAGUUUGCAGUGGAUCUGGACAAUAUUCACUCAGUACUGGAGAUUGGACAGGUGGGACUUCGUAGUGACUCCAGACUCUGGCUUCACACGGAUCCUGUUUCCAGGAGGAACGUCAGCGUCAACAAGGAGGUUU